AUGGGUGCGGUGCAGAUGACGUGCGAUAAAUCUGUGACUUUAAAGGUCGGCGAUGCUUUAGCGUUCGAUCGUGACCAAGAUGCUUUUAAGCCGCCGAUGCUUCUACCAGCCAAAGAGUUGUUGGGAAAACUCGCCGAGAAGGCGCAACGUUCUUUCCAUGCCGAAGAUGCUGACCUGCAUCCAGACGAUCGUGGUAACGUUGAUGACUAUGUCAAUGAGGUACCUGAUGUGAAUGAAAAGGAUUAUAAGGAAAAUAAACACGUAGAAGUGGUAAAGAAUGUGAGACGCACAGUGUCGACAUUCUUCCUCGAGAUCGCAUUUCAAGGUCGACAUUUGAUGAUAGGGAUGCGUCGUCGUGGCGAAGGUUCAUCAGGUGCUUACAAUCCACAGGGGCACCUUAUUGGUGCCAUAGGAGUGAUAAGAUGCGCGAAAAAUUUUUUCGUGUUGAAGUAUUUGCACGAAGAUGAACGAGAACUAAUCAGUAUAUUCAACAAGGUUUCCUAUAUCACCACGCUUAUAGUAUCACCAGAAUUCCGAAAAAUCGGCAUCGCCACUCAACUACUACAACGUGCCAGUACCGUAGUACUUGAAGAAGGAAGUCAAUUAGUAUAUCUUCAUGUCUUGCAUUCGAACCUACCGGCUAUUCGUCUAUACGAAAAAAUGGGUUACAAGAAGGUUGCCAAUAUACCAAACUACUACAACAUCAGCGGCAAAGGAGAAACCGGUAUUAUCUACUGCCGACGCCUGGCUAUGCCGAGCUGUCACGAAUGCCUUGCGUUGUCCAGCUGCUCGAUUCUGUAA